AUGGCGGCGCCCAGUGGCGGUGUGAAUUGUGAGGAGUUCGCCGAGUUCCAGGAAUUACUCAAGGUGAUGAGGACGAUUGAUGACAGAAUAGUACAUGAAUUAAACACAACGGUUCCAACAGCUUCCUUUGCAGGGAAAAUUGAUGCCAGCCAAACCUGUAAACAACUGUAUGAGUCUUUGAUGGAGGCUCAUGCCAGUAGGGACAGACUCAUUAAAAAUUGUAUAGCUCAAACCUCAUCUGUAGUCAAAAGUCUCCGAGAAGAGAGAGAAAAGAAUUUGGAUAAUUUAAUGUUAUUAAAGCAACUUAGAAAAGAACAGACAAAGUUGAAAUGGAUGCAGUCAGAACUAAAUGUUGAAGAAGUGGUAAAUGACCGGAGCUGGAAGGUAUUUAAUGAACGCUGCCGAAUUCACUUCAAGCCUCCAAAGAAUGAAUAGAAAGAUACUAUUUAUACAAGGACCGAGUCAUCUCAUAAGAGUUAUAUGCGUGACAGAUUUCAACAAGGUGGGCAUCUGAGGAUUUCUGAGCCAACAGUCCAAGACCUUUUGUUGAUUUCAGCCCCACUUAACCAAGACCUCAAAUAUAAAUAAUUCUGAUAAUUAUGAAGAAAUCAACUGCUAUUUUGUACCGAUUCUGUAAAAAAUGAUGUUUUGUAACUAUUAAAAUAAUUUUCUGACUCA